AUGCUUCACCGCUUCUUUUCAAGGGUGCUAGCUUGUUUCAAACCAACUAAGUUUUCUGUAGCUGUUCAUGUGGACAAUGCAAGCAAGUCAUUUGAGCAGGGGUGUUUGCUGGAUGUUAAGGGAUACUACUGUGGAGAGAAGAGCCACCAAGCGCUUGGAAUGGGUGGAUUUGUUGUCUACCAAAACUUUCUCAAGACUUCGGACUGUGGCUCGCCUAGAUCAACACUCAAGUGCUGGAAAGAUGAAGAUGAAGAAGAGUAG